GACAGUUGUUUAUUUUGAAUUUUUAAAAACUGGUUUUUAGUUGUUAGGUCUAAAACAGCCGAGUUAAAAUGGAUUUAACAUCGAACAUGAGAGAAGAUGAUCUAUUACGAGUUUUAAACGAAUUAAACGUCAAACUUUGUAAUCUUAAUCCAAACGUAGUGAAAGCAUGGUUUGAUUUAGAUGAUGCCAAUGUGAAAGAUUUAUUAAACUGGAUGUGUACUUCACUUUCCAAACAUAAUUAUAUUUCACCAUUGGAAAUAGCAGAGUAUAAUUCCAUAGAUAAUCCAUUAAAUAAUGAUGAAUUGGAAGUUGAAAAAGAGCAAUUAGAUAUGUUAUAUCCCGGUAUAUUCGACGUUGAUUACAAUAUAAUAGAAUUAGAAUUUCUUGAAGAAGAUUUGUAUCUAGCUCGAAAUGAAGAAAGGAAACUUGAUGAAGAGAUAGAAAAAAAUAGGAAAUUGGAGCAAAAACUUACUGAAGAAUUGACAAAAAAAGUUAAAGAAGAAAUAGAAUCUUCUGUUAAAUUGAGUAAUAGUCGAAAUAAAUGUUUUUCGUUAGGUGAGAAAUUAGAUAAUUUUAAUUUGAUGAUACAUAAUCAACUAUUGAUGUAUACAAAGGUUCUAAACCAGUUUGAAUACAGUGCAUCUCCAAAUUUUAUAAACAAUUUCAAUAUUGAUUGCUACGAAGAAAAAAUUAAUAAUUUAUUUUAUUUAUUUAAAUCGACAAUAGUAGAUAAAUCUCGAGGAAGUAAUUUACAUUUAACAAUCUUAAUGGAUGAUACAAUUGCUAACGAUUUAGUCAAUAUGAAACAUCGAAUACUACAAAGUCGCCGUGGAUAUUUAGCUAAAAUAUUCGAAAUCGAAAAGAUAAAAGCGAAAUUAUCGUACUUGGAAGAUAUAUGUAUAGAUAAGGUUUUGGUCAGCGAUGAAAGCCUAUUGAAUGAAACUAUCGUUUUGAAAUUGGAAACGAAAGAGAGAUUAUGUGAAAUGUUGGAGGAAGCAACUAAAAAAUUCGCCGAUAACCGAAUAGCUGAAGUGGAAUUGAAAUACAUUGAACAAGAAGUAGAAUCUCACAGGGCCCAUUUAAAGAAUUUAGAAGAACUCGAAGGAUCUUUAAGAGAAAUGUUGGCACAUUAUUAUUUAUUAUACACAAUGUAUGAACAAGAAAAAAAAGAUUUGGAGAAUUAUAAAAAUUUAUUUAAGAAAACCAUAAAUUACAUUAAUAAAGAUAUGAAUAACUGUAUAACGAGGACUGAAAAAAUGAAUAACAUCAUCGAUAAUUUUAUAUCAAACAAUAAUCGAAUCAAUCUAAGAUUCAUCGCACCCAUUAUAAAAAUACUUUCACCGAAUGAAAAUAAUUUCGAUUUAAACAGAGCUUUCGAACUUGUUUCGGAAUUUCAUAGAGAAAUAGAUUUUUUGGAAUCGAAAUUAUUUGGACAAGGUUUCGAUAAAUUCAAAACAACCGGUCGAGAAUUACGGGAAUCUAUCAAAGUGUUUCGAAAUUUUUUGAUAAGCGGUCCGACGUACCGCGUACUUCUGAUACCUAGCGAAUUACUAAUAUUGAUACGUAAAGUGGAGGAUCUUUUAAAAAAGCAGCUGGAGUCGGUGAAAUCCGCCAUUAAUAUAGUUUCUUCUUCGAAGGAAAAUAUUACAAAAUGGCAAAAUUACAAACGUCAGUUAUGGAUGUACUUCUGUGCUGAUCCUAAUAGAUUGAAUUAUAUUUUACAAGAGAUUCAAGAAGAAGUUGAAAAAUCGCACAAUAAAAAAUUUUAAUUUUCUAUUAGAAAUCUAAUAAUUUGUAUUUUAAAUAAACUAAAUAUUAUCUAAAAA